GAUUCAGAUUCUGAACUGGGGGUUGCACGCACACGUGUUUUCUCAUUAUUGUUGUCUCAGCUUGCAACUGAAUUACAGCACGCCGAUAAAUUUGAUACAAUUACUUGCAUUUAACUUUGACGAACUCUGCCUGGAUUUUUUUAAAUGACUGUCACACAGAAAGUCAGCAAGAAGUCGAAGUCAAAGAAGCAUUUGGUUGACAAGAAUGACAGUCAAAUGUCACCUAAGAAGCUGAAGAAGGUUAAGGCAAAAGACACAAAUGUGGAAGUGAGUACAAGUAAACAUAUUAAAGAGAAACCCAAACCAGGUCCUUCUAAGAAUGCAAGUCCUGGUGGAAACAAGAACAAAAGGAAAAGUAUUGAUGAAAGUGGAGACAAGUCCCCAAAGAAACGCAAGCACAAGGAUGGAAGUGAGCCUCGCCCUGCAAAGAUUCAGCAUCAGGAUGGUGCCCCGAACUGGAAACAAGUUCGAGCUGAUGCUGCUGACAUUAAAAACCGUAGGAAGGCCCAAAACAAAAUGUUUGAAGUCGGAAAACACAUGAAAAAGCUCUGGGAAGAGAUGCGCAUGGAGAAGUGCACGGAGGAUCGUCGCCGGCAGCUGGUGACGGAGGUGACGGGUCUGGUGCGCGGCAAAGUGCCGCAGCUGGUGCGCGCGCACGACCGGGCGCGUGUCUGCGAGAGUUUGUUCCAGUACGGCACGGCCGAGACGCGAGCGCUGCUGUUCGAGGAGGUGCGCCAACAGCUGGCCGAGCUGAGCCGCGACAAGUACGCGCGCCACUUUGUGCUGAAGAUGCUCUCACAGGGCAGCAAGGAGCAGAAGGAGGCGGUCGGCGCGUCUUUCACGGGUCGCGUCACGGCGCUCAUGGGACACAAGUUCGGUAACGAGGUGGUCGAAGCCUACUUCCGCGACUGCGCCUCGGCGGACGCCCAGCAGCGAAUGCUGAUGGAGUUUUACGGCACCGAGUUCCUGCUGCGUUCUACCGAGACACGCUCCCUGGAGGCGCUCUGCACCCAGCAGCCCGAGAAGAAGGCCAUCUACCUGACCAACGUCCGCAGCCAGCUGCAGUCGCUGCUCGACAAGCAGCUACUGACGGGCAGUCUGGCGCACCGACUGCUGCGCGAGUACCUCAGCCUGUGCUCGCAGUCGGACCGGGCCGACGUGAUCGAGUCGCUGCGGGACGCCGUCGUACAGAUGCUGCACACCAAGGACGGCGCCCGCGUCGGACUCAUGUGCCUCUGGUGGGGCACCACCAAGGAUCGUAAGGCGAUUGUUAAGUCGAUGAAGACGUACGUGCAAAAGGUGUGCGUGGACGAGCACGGCUUCAUGGUGAUGCUGGCGCUCCUGGACGUAGUGGACGACACCAGGCUUGUCAAAAAGGCGCUGUUGGAGGAGAUGAUGGCCAACAUCGCCGACAUCGUGCCCAGUGAGCACGGCAGGAAGGUGCUGCACUACCUGCUCUCCCCGCGGGACACUGUCUACUUCCACCCGACCCUGGUGGCCACGCUGGCAGAGGGAGACGGAAACCCCACCAGUAAGAAGGAGCCGGCCGUGCGGCGCCGGGAGCUGCUGGAGGCCGUGUCAGAGGCCAUGCUGAAGACGGCCAGCAUCCACUGCCUCGAGUGGAUGGUCGACAGCAGCCUCUGCGUGCUGCUCGCGCACAUCCUCUGCAAGUGCUCCGGCGACUCUAUGCACCUGCCGCUGACGCAGCUGGCGCGCCGCACUGCCGAGCCCGUCACCUCCACGUCGGACCCGCACCUGGUCAACAACUCCGCCGCCUACAUGCAGCUCAAGAAGCUGCUGCAGGCCGACAAACAGCGAGCCGCCGACGGAGGCACGGUUUUAUUCUCGAACCUGAUUCUGAAGGAGCUGUCUGAAGAGGCUGUCCUCUCGUGGAUCGCCAGCAACCGCACUGCGUUCCUGCUUGUCAUUAUGCUGGAGACCGAGGUACCGGCCAUCGUGGAAAAGGUCGUCCAGCUGCUCCAGCCGCACAUCAAGAAGCUGAAGCCCGCCUGCAAGGGCGCCGAGAUCCUCAAGAAGAAGGUGUCGGCGGCUGCUAAGCAGCAGAAGGCCGCCGAUUCCGGGGGUGACUAGCCCCUCGCCGCGCUGGGGAGGGGCGGGCGGCGGUGGGGAGGGGCGGUACCAUCGCGCGUGGCUGAUUGUUUGUGUAAUACAUUGUUGACGGGACGAAGUCUGUGGUUGGGUGGAUGGGUCGUCAGCUGUGGUCGGCACAGCGGCACAGUAGGGCAUGACGUUUUGGUGACCUAGCCCGUAUGGAUGUGUGGGAAUGGUUCUCCAGGCCAUGAGGCAUGGCGCGUUGUUUGAUUGAUACAUCUUGCAUGACACCCGGGUGCCGGGUAAGCCAAUGUCGGGUACCCGCCGCGCGUCAGCCGUCUCGACGUCUGUCGGCGCUUGACGGCGUGUGGUCACGUGUGCCGUGAGCUAACACAUAUGCUGUAUUCUGGCCGGUGACGUUUCUAAAUAUAUAAAGUUUUCAACA